UGACGUCACGCAUCGAAGCUUGGCCGGAAGUUGCGUGAACAGCAGCCUGUCACCGGAGCUGCUAGCCGCCUGCUGCUCCAAAAACAAGUAAAGUUCACCGAAAAAAGCGUCGCCAAGUGCAGGUUAAACUAGCCCCUUUUAGGAAUAUGGAUGACGACGUGAUAACGACUCUGAAGCUGUUGAUAAUCGGUGAAAGUGGAGUCGGGAAGUCCAGUCUUCUCCUGAGGUUCACAGAGGAUACCUUUGACCCUGAUCAGGCAGCAACAAUAGGUGUGGAUUUCAAAGUAAAGACCCUCUCAAUAGAUGGGAACAAAGCAAAGCUCGCCAUAUGGGACACAGCCGGACAGGAAAGGUUUCGCACCCUGACACCCAGCUACUACCGCGGUGCGCAGGGAGUCAUACUCGUGUAUGACGUCACAAAGCGUGAGACAUUUACGAGGCUUGAAAACUGGCUGAACGAACUGGAGACCUACACAACACGCAAUGAAAUUGUAAAGAUGCUUGUUGGGAAUAAAAUCGAUCGGGACGACCCUGAAGUGGAUAGAAACGAGGGCCUGAAAUUUGCUCGGAAACACUCUAUGCUUUUUAUCGAGGCCAGUGCAAAGACCAAAGAUGGCGUCCAGUGUGCCUUUGAGGAGCUUGUGGAGAAGAUCCUACAGACUCCAGGGCUGUGGGAGAGUGAAAACCAGGGUCAGAAGGUCCGUCUGGGGGACCAAGAGCAUGGUGGUGGCAGGGCAUGUGGAGGAUACUGUUCCAUACCCUGAAACUUGAAAAGAAACAACGACAACAACUGACAGGAAUGACUACGGAGCAGAAACUGAUAUAUUGGAUGUGGAACUGAAUGAGUACUCUAAAAAAAAAAAAAAAGUUUGUUCUUUUGGUCGAAAGGACUUUUUGCUGUUUGCACACUUCCUUUUCAACCAUCAUCUGUCACCACUUUCUGUUAAAAACAUGAAUGAAAGUAUCCUGCAAAAAAAAAAAAGCCUCUUGCCUAAGGAAGUAUAGUGUUUUAAAUUGACAUGCCAAGUGUACAUCAUCGGAGUUCAUGUCUGGUUUGAAUUUAGCUUAUUGGCAGCAGUGAUUCUGUUGUGCAUUAAGGCAUCAGGUUAAUAGCAUAGUGCCUGUUACGUGAACCAAUUUGUAGGUUACAGCAUAUAGCAAAUUUACCCCAAAGGAUGCAUUAUAAUCAAUACAGACAUCCCCUUGAUUCCUUUAUUGCAGGAUUGCUUACACGUUGUGAGCUUUAAAUACCAACUUUAUGUAACGGCAACGAACGAAAUGUUAUACAAGAUGUUUAUUUGUACGUUUUAUUCUAUAUAUAUAUUGCAUCACUUGAAUCAACUUGUAAGUCAUAAUGCACCACAACACUGUGAAUGCUCGCUGAUUACACUAUGGACCGCAGUAAUUUACACCAAGUAAUUUUUGCUCAUCCAAUUAUUAUUUGUAUUUAUAGAUGCUUUAAAGAUAAUCAAUUUCCUUUCUCUUAUCAUGAUAUAUGCAAACCUAGUAGCCAUGUUUUAGGACUUCCUGCUAUCUGUCUGUCCGGCACCAUAAUUUCCAUAAGGUUUACAGAAUUGGAGCUGAUAUAAUACAAUAUGUUCUUAUACUCUCUUCAGCUUUUUUGCCUAUCUGACCUGGCAACACAUUUAAUUUAGCCUGUACAUUUGUUUGCUUGGGUUUUUAUUUAGCCAUUUCUGUGUGGUGUUGUGGUCCAUGUAAUGUCCCAGCGACGUAUUGAAGGCAUUUCUCACACCUUAUAGUAUGAGAGCAUUCCUAAGAGCUUCCUGUCUUCAGAGUUGAUUCGAUGUAUUGUUUGCUUGUUGAAAAUCAUGCUGACCGUUUUAUCCCUGACCUUUUUGUCCUGUUUGCUGUGAAUCAUAUUCAGCAAAUUGUAACAAUUAUAUUAUCUGCCUUAACUUUGAAUGACAUGUAGGCUACUAGAGUCAUGGCCCAGUAACGUUUGUAUUGUUUCAAACUGAAAUAAAUGACAACCUGGA